AAGUUUGAAUAUAUAUAUAUAUUUCAAACUUAUAAAUAUAUUUAAAUUCUCUCAAUAUUUUCAUAAAUAUAAUUGUGACGUUGUAUAAAACAUUUGUGGCAUUUUUUUAAUGAUGAGCACAAAUUCUAAUGUGAACAAAAUGAAAUCUAAUUCAGUAUAUGGCUUCAUUUUCUUUAUGUAAAGUGUUUAGUUUCCAUGUUUUCUGACCUGGACAGUACGUGACUGAACUGUUUGAAUGAGAAUAUUCUGCAGUAGAUAACUAGUGUUUUGGAGCUGCUGCAGAUGUAAUGCGCUGUUGGCAUCUCCUUUUAUCCUCUUGGUAGGAUCUAAAAGCUUUUUUAAAGUUCAGCAAGACACUUGAAUCAUUAAAUGCUGUAGAUUAGAAAAGACUGGUGUGCUUUUGUGUAGUGAUCGUCUCGUUUCUUUUUACAAACACACCUGCAGCCGUUUUCUGCGUGACGGUGUAUGGUACCACUGUGAUAUACGUUUUCUUACUUAUAGUUAUACUGAGUAUAAAGUCAUUGGAAGUGAAUUAAAGCAUGUGUAAAUAGUUUUUUUUGUAUGCUUUGCAAAUUUGUCCAAUACCCAAAAUUCGAAUGGGGGUCCCUUUUGAAAAGUGUUUAAAAAUGUUUCAUGCUGAUUUCAUUACGAAAGGUCAAACCAGUCAUUCAUUUCCAAAAGCCAACUAUGGUCGCAAGUUCUGUCGUUUCCUUCGGAGUUCAAAAAAACGUGCAACCAUAGUUGGCUAAUGAUGCUUUUGUAAAAACGCACUCCUGGUCGGUUGUAGUUAAGUUGGUUGGUUACUGUGGCCAAGUGAAUGCUGAAAGUGUACAAUCUCUCACAAAAAAACACGACUGUGUUUGCUGGAUUAUGACAUUAGCGCUUUACAUCAUCAAUACAGGGUGUGUCUGUACAGUUUUUGCCUUUUUUUUUUUUUUUUUUGGACCAUGUAUCAGUUUUAGAACACAAUUCAUUAGGUUUAGUAGAACCAGGAAUAUAUUUAAUUUAAUGUUAUACUUUUGUUUACCUUCAUUUUUUACUGUUGUCUGUAAAUAUCUUUGUAUAGAAAAAGAAAUCUUUGUUCAUUUGACUUUUCAGUUUUUGUAAUUUCCUGCCUCACCCUCUUUUUUUUUUGUUGACUGUUGACGACUGAAUGUAACUUUUGCUCAUUUUACUGCUAUCAUUAACAGGACACCUUUGAGCCUUAACUUGCUGUGGUAUUGCUCUAGCUUAUCCCCACAUCAGACUAUUAAUGCCUUAAUAUGUGGUUGUCAUUUUUUUUUUUUUUUUUUUGUCACAACAGAUACUAAUUCUGAUUUGCAUUGCAUUAUUUGUAAAGUAAAAACUAGCUACAUUAUGUAAUGGUUAUUUUGGUUAUUAAAACGAUGAUGAUUAUAACUAAGUCUCGAAUUGGUAUAAAAACUCUAAUGAACCCUGCACUUUAAUAGUCUUUUUAACUAUUAUUCGCAGAAUAAUUUGAAUGUGAAGAUGAAUCACCUCGUCAUGUCAGUUUGGAUAAAAAACAUCUGCUUUAAAUAUGAAUGCUUUGACAUUGUUCUGCUGGUUGAACUGCAUUGUGAAAUUACCACCUCUUCACUGUGUUGGUUGUAAACAUGAUUUUGUUACACAUCUUCAGUCUCACUAUUUUACUUAGAAAAUGUUUCAACCUAAACUGCAGCUCUCAUAACAUAUUCGAUCUGUGUUUUCUUAAAGAUAUUUGAGGGAGUGCUGUGAGAACUUUUCUGGCUGCUUUUGGUCUUGUGGUUUUCUUUUUCUUCCCACAGAUUGUUGCACUGGGCUUUAUCUUUUCAGUGCAUUCCCUCUGUACUGAAGACCUCGCUAUGAUACGAACAAGAAAGGAAGUUAGAGCAUCGAAAUGUGUAGCUGGGCCAGCGAGAACAGCUUUAAACCGGUUUAAACGCUUGGCAACAAAAGCUGGAGCUCAUGAAGAACACACCGCACAAUGAUGAAGACAGGGAUGUUGCAGACCAACACAUCCGCUAUCAUUCAUAUCGAUCACAGCGGUCAUCUCACAUUAUGACACAAUGAUUAGAUAUGCCAUUUAAAAUCAGAACACCGGAUUGUCCAAAGAGCCAGUUCAGCAUUCUGAACUGAAUUUACCACGGAAAAUCAUCAUCAUUUCCCGGUUGGGGAGGAACCCAGUGUAAACAUGAGCGCAGGGAGCACAAAGCAAGCCCCGGAUGGUGGAUGGGGUUGGGCCAUUGUGGUCGCCUCUUUCAUGGGUCAGCUCCUGGCCUACGGGUCACCUCAGUCUGUGGGGGUGCUUUACCCAGAAUGGCUGAACACCUUCCAGGAUGGCAAAGGCACAACAGCGUGGGUCGGCUCUCUCGUGUCUGGGGUCGGACUCAUUGCUAGUCCCAUCUGCAGUGCCUGUGUUGUGAACUUCGGGGCCAGACCCGUAACCAUCUUCAGCGGGGUCAUGGUCUCUGGAGGGCUUAUGCUUAGCGCUUUUGCACCCAAUGUUCAGUUUCUCAUAUUUUCCUAUGGGAUAGUUGUUGGACUAGGCUGUGGACUUGUUUAUGCUGCUACUGUAACCAUCACUUGCCAGUAUUUUGACAAGAGACGCGGUCUUGCUCUCGGCAUUGUUACAACAGGUACAAGUAUUGGAGGUUUUCUCUACGCUACGGCGCAGAAUGAGUUCAUUGCACUCUUUGGACUCGACGGCUGCCUUUUGCUAAUUGGCUGUUUUGCACUAAACAUCAUCGCCUGUGCCGGACUCAUGAGACCACUGCACCUGCCGGCCUACUACCUGAAACAGAGAGCAGCACUGGUCGAGAAGGCGGAGGAGAAGGUUCUGGAAAAGAGCCCUGUCGUGGAGGACCCCAUCAAGAAAAAACAGUCCGUCAACGUUCUCAUCACCGAAGAGGCGAAAGAGCCUCCACCGUACGAGAAGAGCCUCCUGAGUUAUGUGGCGUUGGUGCGGCUAAUGAAGAAGAAACAGAAGGAGUACUUGGAAUACUUGAAGUCGACAGGGGAACUGCUUCAGAACAGGGUUUUCUCGGCCAUGUGCAUGUCUUUGUUUGCGUAUUGCCUGGGUGCGUACACUCCUCUUCUCUUCCUGGAGGAUUUGGCUCAGAACGAGGGUCUGGUCGAUGGCAUCCGCACCAUCCCGCUGGUGUCCAUCAUGGCAAUUGCUGCUGGAGUGGGAAAGCUGCUGCUGGGCAUCACGAUGGACAUCCGCUGGAUGAACAGCAUCUUUCUGUACUCCUUCACCCUGGUGGGCUCAGGGGUUGCUCUUCUCAUUAUCCCCGUCACCAAGAACUACACUGGGCUGCAGGUCAUCUCAGCGGUGCUGGGCUUCUUUUCUGGAAACUGGUCCGUCAUACCCUACAUGACCACUAAGGUUGUCGGAAUGGAUCGUCUGACUGAGGCAUAUGGGAUCUUGAUGUUCUUUGGUGGAUUCAGUAUAAUGCUCGGACCACCUGUCGCAGGCUGGAUUCACGACUGGAUGCACUCUUACGACCUGGCGUUUUACUUCAGCGGGAGCUUCGUGUUGCUGGGAGGAGCUGGACUUUUCCUCUCGGCUUUGUCCUGUUGGAACAAGAACCAGGAUGAAACCAACACGCCAGACACAGAAUACACCAAUGACUAUGACAAAGUGGCAACAGUGGCCUGAAGCAUGGAUACAAGAUUAACUGCUGCACAGAAGAUGACUUCUCACACUCUGUAAUAACAAAAAAGCUGAAGCCUCUGAACAUGUCAGCUGGAUGUUUUUACUCAGCAAGUUACACUGACUGAAGAAUUCUAGAAAAUGAAGAAAGGACUGUGGCCUUGUUUUAGGAGGCUCUGGUCCUGAUUUCAGAACACUCUUUUAGAUUUGAUUUGUUUACUGUACACUCUAAAAAAAGGUUUUCAGCGGUUCUUUGCGGUGGUCAUGGUGCUAUAUACCACCACUAUUAUUUAAAGAACCUGUUAAACCCAAUUUGGUUCUUCAGUGGUUCUCUGGGGUGCUC